AUGGAACCCUCAAAUUAUGAAAACAUACCAGAUAAGCCAAGAUAUAUCGACUUUCCAUCUCUAGAACAUGGUACCGUUAUAGAUGGAAAAUUGGCCUUGAAUCGAUGGUCUCAUACAAUUACAAAUGGCCAUGACUUUCCAGGAGCUCAGGCAAUGUUGUACGCGGCAGGAGUGCCAAAUCGAGAAAUGAUGAAGACCGCACCUCAUGUUGGAAUAUCUACUGUAUGGUGGGAAGGAAAUCCAUGCAAUAUGCAUCUACAUGACCUCGGAAAGCUAGUCAAAGAUUCAGUACAGAAGCAAGGUAUGCUCGGAUGGCAAUUUAACACGGUGGGAGUCAGUGAUGCCAUCACUAUGGGCGGAGAAGGCAUGAGAUUCUCUUUACAGACACGUGAGAUCAUUGCAGAUUCAAUCGAGACUGUCACAUGUGCUCAACACCAUGAUGCAAACAUCUCAAUUCCUGGUUGUGAUAAGAAUAUGCCUGGGGUCAUCAUGGCUGCUGCGCGUCAUAAUAGACCAUUUGUCAUGAUUUAUGGAGGUUCAAUCAAAAAGGGUUAUUCCAAGUUGAUGAAGAAGGAAAUCAAUAUCAGCAGUUGUUAUGAAGCAAGUGGUGCAUUUACCUAUAAUAAACUUCACGCGGCUGUUGAGGGUGCAACUCCAAGUGAUGUUAUGGAAGAUUAUGAACAAAACGCUUGCCCCGGUGCUGGUGCUUGUGGUGGGAUGUAUACAGCCAACACCAUGUCUACCGCCAUUGAAUCUAUGGGAUUGUGUCUUCCAGGAUCUUCGUCAAAUCCGGCCGAUUCACCAGCUAAGAUGAGAGAAUGUGUUAAGGCCGCAGAAGCAAUCAAGAUUUGCAUGGAAAAGAACAUUCGACCACGAGACUUAUUGACCAAGGAAUCUUUUGAGAAUGCUUUGGUCAUUACAAUGGCACUUGGUGGAAGUACUAAUGCUACACUUCAUUUCCUCGCCAUGGCUGGUACAGCCGAAGUACCACUUUGUAUUGAUGACAUUCAAAGAGUAAGCGAUAAGAUUCCAUUCUUGGCAGAUCUACAACCUUCCGGAAGAUUCUGUAUGGAGGACCUCUACAAUAUUGGUGGAACACCAGCUGUCAUUAAACUUCUCGUUGCUGCGGGCUUGAUGAACGGUGAUAUCCCCACUGUUACAGGAAAAACUUUGAGGGAAAAUGUUGAAAGUUGGCCAUCACUACCACAAGAACAGACUCUCAUUAGACCUUUGAGUAAUCCAAUCAAACAGACUGGUCAUUUACAGAUUCUUCGAGGAAACCUUUCACCCGGAGGAGCAGUGGCAAAGAUCACAGGGAAAGAAGGUCUAGUAUUUACUGGAAAGGCAAUGGUUUUUGAUAAAGAACAUGAACUUGAUCAUGCAUUGAACAAAGGAGAUAUUCCACACGGAGAGAAUCUCGUCUUGAUUGUGAGAUAUGAAGGACCUAAAGGAGGACCUGGAAUGCCCGAGCAAUUGAAAGCUAGUGCAGCAAUCAUGGGCGCUGGCCUCACGAAUGUCGCUCUUGUUACAGAUGGACGAUAUUCAGGUGCUAGUCACGGAUUUAUCGUAGGGCACGUCGUUCCCGAAGCAGCAGUCGGUGGUCCCAUCGCCGUGGUAAGAAAUGGCGAUAUAGUAACCAUAUCUGCCGAAUCUAAUACUUUAAGUAUGGAUGUAUCAGAUGAAGAAAUUGCAGAAAGACUCAAGUCCUGGAAGCCACCCAAGAGUGCAGUUAAUAGAGGUGUAUUGGCGAAAUAUGCUAGACUUGUGGGAGAUGCGAGCCACGGAGCUAUGACGGAUUUAUUUUAG